UUCACCAUACCGCCAUAAUGUUUCUUUUAUUUUGUAUGAUAUUGUCCAUAUUUGCUUCUGAAGUUUUCACAUCAGAUUACAGUCUCUUGGACCAAGAUUAUUAUGAUUUAAAUAAUGCUAAGGCGAUAUUUAACCAGUUCAUCCAGAAAUAUGGAAAACAAUACGAUGAUAGAAUUCAUUAUCACUUCGAAGUUUUCAAGCAAAAUCUAGAGAACAUUAACAAAUGGAAUAAUGAAAGGGGCACCAAAAUGUUUGGUAUUAAUGCAUUUACUGACUUGACUUUUGAAGAGUUUUCCCAAUUUUAUUUGGGUUUUAAUACUAAAAAUAUAUCUGGGGAAGGAAUUGUGUACAAGCCAACUGGAAUAGAGGCUCCAGAUACUUUGGAUUGGCGAGACUCUGGAUAUGUUAGUCCCGUUAAAAAUCAACAAUCCUGCGGAAGUUGCUAUGCGUUUAGUGCUAUUGGUAACAUAGAAGGCCAGUACGCAAAAAAUCAUAAUACACAAGCUUUCAGUCUGUCUGUUCAGCAAGGUUUGGACUGCGAAUCUCAGGGAAGCUGUCAUGGAGGACUUUCUCAUUAUGUAUUCAAGGCUUUAGCUGAACAAGGAGGAUCAAUGCGAGAAGAAGAUUAUCCUUACGAAAAUGCGAAAGGUCAAUGUAGGACUCAGAAAGACAAAAUAGCUGUGAAAGUGACUGGUGGUGACCAGCUAUUUGUAUCUGGAGAGGAUGAUCUUAAAGAGGCUGUGGCCAGUCAUGGACCUUUAUCAAUUGCUAUUUGUACUGACAGUCAAUUUCAUGCUUACGUUGGAGGUGUUUAUAGACCUUCCACUCCGUGUAUGCAAUACAACCAUGCUACCCUUUUAGUCGGUUAUGGAAAUGAUGGACGUGAUAACUAUUGGCUGAUCAAGAACUCGUGGGGUGCGGAUUGGGGGGAACAAGGUUACAUCAAAUUAGUUCGAGGAGAAAGCGCUUGUGCUAUCGGCAAUUAUGUCGCUUGUUCUACUGUAGAAUGA